CUUCAUUGCCAAGGGAAUGGCGGUCAUUUUACGACUAUUGUUGUUUGCUUUCAGCAUGGAUAGGGAGUAGUUGGGGUGCACCCGGUGGUGGUUGAAGUUCAUGCGAAGUAUUGGGAUAAAAGUUGGCGAGCAGUCGGGAUAUGGAACUUUGCACCGAUGGGCCGAGCCUAGGAGACCAAAACGCUCUUAUCGUGUCAAAAGAUUACUUUGUGCUUUUGGAAAAUGUUGGAAAGAGUACUUCGAUAGCUCGAGUUUAGUUGGAUAUAAGUAUCUUAGUGAAACUCCUAGGCCCUGGAUAGAAAGGAUUCUUUGGAUUGUGAUUCACGCGACGACAAUGUUUGCACUCGGAUUCAUGGUGACCGGGCUGUGGCAGCAUUAUGUGUGCACACCGGUUGUCACCGUAGUAGACUCAGACAAUUAUCCAUCCACCAAACUUGAUUUUCCUGGUAUUGCCAUUUGCAGUAUCAAUAGAAUGAGCAGGAGAGCUGUAGAAAAUUUAUCCCUUAAAAUAAAAAUAUCGAAUUUAAUCGAUAAAACUUCAGAGGAGAUCUUCGAGUUGAUUUCCUCCCUCCGAAUUUUAUACGAUACAGCAUUUGAGCAGGAUGAGCUCACCGAGCGGAAAGCGCGGAGACAAGAAGCUCAUAAAAUGUUUGUACAAUACUUCGGCGAAGGAUACGACAUUACAGAGAUCAUUGAAUCACUGACUCCAAAGUGUGCGGAUAUUAUGCUGGCCUGCACGUACAGAUCCAUUUUUACAAAUUGUUCGGAACUGCUGGCAUUCAGAAAAACGCAGAAUGGUUUCUGCUGCACUUUCAAUUACGCCCGAGAGCCCGACGACAUUCCCAGUUCGGAUUUCAAAGAGUAUGCCAGGAUUGAACCGAACAAGAUCGGCAUUCCUGGCGUGGCCAACGGUCUGACAGUCGUUCUCGAACCUUUCCUGGAAGACUAUCUCUUUCCGUUUCUCCCCACAACCGGAUGGGUGGUAACCAUAUUCAACCCCGGAGACUAUCCCGACAACACCAGUGGUGGUGUAUCCGAAGCGAUAGUAGCUCCAUCGUCAGAAAGUUUUUUAGAAUUGGACGUCAGUUCGAUUUAUAGUGAGAAUGAAAUUCGACCUGUGUCAGUUAAUCGUCGAAAGUGUAUUUUUACUGAUGAAACUGAUGCUAGCAAAACGAGCUACACUUACAGCGAUUGCAUUGUCGAUUGUCGAGCAACGGCGAUAUGGAAGGCAUGCCGUUGUAGGCCCUUCUUCCUGCCGAGACGUGGUAACGACGAAUAUUCCCGAAAAGUUUGCAAUACCGAGGAUGAACCGUGCCUGCAUGCUCAUAAAAGCACUUGGUGGUCAGUUUUACCGCACACACCCGAUGCCGAAGAGUCAUUGAGUUACGAUAAGGCGAUUGGUGAUAGGAAUGAGUCCUUGAAAUGUACAAAUUGUUAUCCGACAUGUACAGAUACUCGUUACUAUCUGCAAAUGCAAGCCACACCACUCGAACCGGGGAGGCAAUAUCAUACUGAGUUACUACGCAGUUUUCAAACGAAAAAUCAAAGCAUUUUACAUAUCUACUUCAAAAAAUUUGGGAGCGUUCGGCUUAAACAGGAUAUGGGGUACUACUGGUAUGAGUUGAUAAGCGAUAUUGGGGGAACGUGCGGAGUUUUCGUUGGAUUCAGUCUCCUCAGCAUCGUUGAACUCCUCUAUUUUAUUAUUCAACGUACCUGUCAAUGCGGUUGUUCAAAGAUCCCCGAAUCGAAGGAUCAAUUGAAAGUCAAUAUAACAACCGUUCACGGUGGCCUCUACUGGAAUGAAUUACUGAAUGACUCGCGGAUACAUUUUAAAAGUCGCACAUCACGAAGGCGAAGGCUAGAGAGGCACUGACAGCCAUUGCCUUAUAGCAGAAUGAGCCACUUAAUAAAUUUCUCUCUUAGCUCAUUUUCUCAUAAUUCCAAGGACAUUGGUUAUCAUUAUUCCUCAUGAGCAGCUCUCUUUUGCCGUCUUCUCAUAGCAAUCUCCUACCGCAACACGUUCCUGAGUUAAUUUCACGCACACACCGCACCCCUCGUGAAUGCGAAAAUUGAUCUCAUCAUUAGCGUAUUGAUUAGUUUAGCCCGCAAACAGCUUGAAAGUCCAAUGAUACCGGUAACCUCGGGAAUACUUUCCACGUCAGCUAAAUUUCAAACAGUUUCGAGCGAGCCUCCACCCUCGGCCUCGGUAUCUCUUCAGGGUUUGUGCAUGAAACAACUUUGAAUAGUAAUCUUCACCCGACUCAGGUCCAAAGUUUAUACUUAGGAUGAGCCUCGGCAGAGACCCAACGUUGGAAGAACAUGAAAGCAUGGAUUUACGACUGCACUGCUUGUCAAAAUUUCAACGGCAGAACUUUCGAGUCAGCUUGAUCUCUUCUGGCUAUCAUGAAACUAAUUUAUAAAUACUAGGGGGGGGCAGGGUAGUACGGAUAAAAGAUAUCCAACACAACUGACAAUAUACGGUACCAAGGGUCUUCAUAUUCAUACAAUGGCACGAGAAUAUACGAGAGGUUAUGCAUCUGAGGAAAAUGUGAAAUGUGACGGUUGUGUCUAGGCAGCUAGCUUUUCAAGAGAUUUUCUAUGGGAACUUUGGUGAAACGAGCAGCAUCGUGCGGCAACGGCAGACAUGUCUGUGGUAGAGAGUUGCUGUGUUGCCCCGGAGGAGACAAGCCGCUGUAGAAAGUCCAAGAGCGUUUGUCAGCGACGCCUGAAAAAGCUUCUUGCUUUCCCUCUCUCUGUACUAUAACCUCUCCCACCUCCACCUCCACCUCCUCUCACGACCCCGACGACCAUUCUGAGGCACUCCAUUCUCCUCAUAUUCUCAUCCUCGAGGAAAAAGUGGAAUAUCAAGUGUCACAGACUGGCCGACAAACUUUGGUCAAAAGUUUUCCGUGAACGUCAAGUAUUUGUUCCAUCACAUUCAUUCAUAGUUUGCACCUGAGGAUGAAAAACUGAGGAACACGUCGGAGAUUAAAUUGACGUGACUUGGAAUGUUGAAAAUUUUUCCGAGUU